AUGGAUUUGAAUCGAAUUAGAAGAAAAAUUAAUGAUGACAAAUAUACUUUAUUAGAGCAAAUGACUUCUGAUGUUAAUUUACUUUGUGAUAAUGCCCAGCGCUUCAAUAUUGAAGGUUCAGACAUUCAUGAAGACUCAAAAUUGCUUAACAUUGUUUGGCAUCGAAUAGUGGAGGCAGUAAGUUUACAAGAACAGCAACAACAAAAACAACGACAAGCUGCAACAACAACAAACACAAUAAUUCCUAUAAAACAACAAGAAUCACAACCUUCAACAAGUAAUGAUACUCCACCUGUUCUUCAACCAAUGACUGGUUCUAUGGAAAUAAUAAAUGAUGAGCAAGCAUCAAAUUCUGCUUCUACAAAUGAGACAUUGACAAAUCAAGAGAAAAAAUGUGAAUAA